CAGGUGCUUGCUGUAUUCCAGUUUGACAGUUGGUGUUAGGAGUGAAGGGUGGUGUUGUGUGAUCGGGGUCAUAUUUGGUCGUGAACAGGUGCCAAAAUGUCAACAUUACCGAGUUCUCACUGACGAAUAUGUCUUUACAUUUAACUUUGUUCUGUUUAUUCGAGGACAUGUUGGAGUAAGGUUGUUGACAAGAUUGGCUGUGCCGGUGGAUAGUAAACUCUUGGCUGGAGGGUAACUUAGUGCUCGAAAAUGGCGUCUGCUAGAGUUGCCAAAAUAAAACGUCAGAGUUCAGGAAGAGAUGAAGAAAGAGACAAGGGACCACCCAAAAUUAACAGCUAUGAUAUACUGACAACGAUCGGUACUGGUACGUUUGGGCGAGUGGUAUUAUGCAGACACAAAGAAAAUAAGGACUAUUACGCACUCAAAGUAAUGAAGAUCACAGAGGUUAUACGACUCAAACAAAUAGAACAUGUGAAAAACGAAAAGGAAAUUCUAGCUUCAGUCACACAUCCAUUUAUAGUGAACAUGACGUGGGCGUAUCACGACGACAGAUUCCUGUACAUGGUGUUGGAAUACGUUCCUGGUGGUGAACUCUUUUCAUAUCUUCGCAAUCAUGGCCGCUUCAACAAUGACAAGUCCAAUUUCUAUGCAUGUGAAAUUGUGUCAGCGUUAGACUACUUACACUCCAAAUUAAUUGUCUAUAGAGACCUGAAACCAGAAAACUUACUUCUCGAUAAGGAAGGACAUUUAAAAAUCACAGAUUUUGGUUUCGCAAAGAAGUUGGAAGACAGGACGUGGACCUUGUGUGGGACCCCGGAGUACCUCGCCCCCGAAAUCAUCCAGAGUAAAGGACACAACAAAGCUGUGGACUGGUGGUCGCUAGGCAUCCUCAUUUACGAAAUGUUGGUCGGAUUCCCACCAUUUUUUGAUGAUAAUCCAUUUUCCAUUUAUGAGAAGAUUCUGGAGGGCAAGAUAGAAUGGCCAAGACAUCUGGAUCCUGUGGCAAAAGAUCUGGUAAAGAAACUGCUUGUCCAAGACAGAACGAAGCGUCUGGGAAAUAUGAAGAAUGGUGCCGAUGAUGUGAAAAGACACAAGUGGUACAAAGGAAUUGUAUGGGAGGAUGUGGUAGCCAGAAAGUUAACGCCUCCUAUUGUACCGAAAUUGUCGCAUGCUGGGGACACGAAAAACUUUGACGAAUACUCAGAAGAUGAUUGGCGGAAGGCAGCAGUUGUCAGUGAUCGAGAACUCAAAUAUUUCCAAGACUUUUGAAUGUCGCCAAGGCAACCAAAACAAUUGAAAAAUUACCUGUUAUUUUUUCAAAGGAUCAAUUAACAAUACACCUCAUGGAACAUGAAUAUCUUGCCCGAUGCUGUGAUCCAGAAACAGUGCUUGACGGUCUAGAAGUUCGUGGGUUUUUGCUACGAAAAUAGGAUACUUCUUACAGUACUACAUUGUACUGUGAAAUCACGAAUUUUCGUUGAGUUUUUAUUAUGUGGAUUUCAUUGCUAAUCUUCAUCCACAAAUCCACGAAGUAAUUUCACAUUUGAUAUAUAAAGCAAUUCUCUGUUUUAGGGAGUACUGGUAAUCCACAAAUUCAUGUACCCAUGAAGCGGUGUUUUGUCAGGAAAACACGAAAUUUGGGCUUCAUGAAAAAUAUCUGAUUUCACAGUAUGUAUUCUGCUCUAAUCAAGGACCUUCACUAAAACCCAAAAUUUGUACAAGACUAGGAACUUUAAACUGAUAUUAAGCCUACUAAAAAUAUGAUAUUGGACCUGAGGCUGUAGUUGUUUAAGGUGCUCUUCAAGUCUAUAAACACUUAGAAAAAACUAGAGACAAUGUCAUUCUUUAUAGAUGACCUUUGCUAUUGAUAAUUUUGUAGUGAAAUCUUUGCUGCAUAGUAGGAGUUAUUAAAUCAGUAGGAUGUUCGAAGUCAAUUAAAGGCAGAAAUGGUGUUUUAGAGGAACAUAUAUGUAUGAAACAAUGCAGAAUUUAAGUGCUUUAUGAACAACUAGUGGAAAAAAACUUGUAAUCUUUUAUGGUUUAUUCGUUUUAAUCCAAUUUAGAAAAUAACAAUAAGUGAGAGAAUGAAUGUGUAGUUUAAGGUUGGGUUUGGAUGUAGAGCAGUUUCCAUAAUUAAAUUUUUGCAUGUAUCCAAGUUGAAACCAAGGAUAUUUGUUCUAAAGAAUGUGACUUGUGACAAGUCCAGAAGGCCGGUUGUCUACCGGUUAAUUGCCACAAAUAGUUUUUUUAGAAAAAAUGAAAAUACUGUAUCCAAAUAUGUUGAUAUCAAAUUUGAUUCCAUUUCUGGCCAAGAACGUAGAAAUAUCAGAAACGUUAUAAAUGUUUGGCAAAUAGACCAAAGGUGCUUAUAGAGCAGCUCUGAGCUUAGAGCGGGAUGUUUCUGCAAAUUUUCUCAUGCAAAGAAGUCUGUCAUUUGUCACGUGACCAGAAUUCUUUUUAACAAACUUUCAUGUCUGACCUGCCUCAUAACAUACAGAUGCCUGUCAGACAUUUGUAACGUUUUUAUGCAAAACAGUUUUCCUUGCCAAAUUAUACACAUAUACAUGUACACACAUUUCAAUUCUGUGUGCAGAUAUGGCAGCCAUUGAAAACAUCCCUUAAAAACCUACACAAACUCUUGUCAGAUGACUCUAGUAACAUCAAAGGUCAAAGUAAAAAGAUAUAAUAAGUAUGUUUAUUUUACAUUUAUCAUAUUGAAUGAGACAUCUGUAAAAGAAAAGUGAAAGAAACACAGUUUUGCCUUGCGGCUGUGAUCAGAGGAUGGGAGGUAACUCUUGCACUCUUCUUGAAAAUAUUUUUUAAGUUUCUAUGAAAAAUUAUGGAUGUCGCAUAACUCUUCAAUUGCAAAACCAAAUCAGGGCAUGUUCCUGGUAAUUGACUCCUUAAAAAAAGGAUAUUUUUCAAUCUGUUGAAUUCCUCCAACCAUGGCGCUUUCAAACCUACAAAUAUUAAUUCUGUUUCUAAAUGAUCCUCAUAAUGCAUGCACUUUACUUUAACAUUUGGUGCAGCCAUUAUCACACCAUAUUAUAAUCCCAUUAUUGUAAAUAAAAUCUUUAUCAUAAAUGUAAAUAGAGUUUUUACAAAGGAUAUUUUUAUGAAUGAAGAUUUAAUUAAUUUAUUUCAUUGAAGUGUAUAGUAAUUUAUAUAGGUUGUAUUGUACCUCUCUGUGUUUCUGCCUUGAUUAUCUCUGCGCUUGUUGAUUCAGUGGCAGGUGUGUACGUCCCUAGAAUGAUUUAAAUGUGUAUAUCAUGCUAAAUUUUAUAUGGUUUUACAUAUAGCAGUGUAGUAUGUAUCUGAACAGCUUGUACAAACAAAAAUAUUUUACCGACUUUUCAUGUGUGAUAUUAAUCAUUGUUUUCAAUUCAUAUAAAAAAUCAGAAGCCAGUGUGUCGACUGGCUAAUAAGGUUUCAUGCAAAUCAAGAUUUGAUUAGUUGUCUGUGACUAUUAAGGUAAGCAUAGGUAAACUUUGGUUUCCCUGGUAACCACAGGUACACUUUUGGUUUCCCUGGCAGCCUCAGUUGCACUUUUAGUUUCCCUGGUAACCAUGUUCACUUUCGACUUCCCUGGUAACCACAUGUAUAAUUUGGUUUCCCUGGUAGCCUCAGUUGCACUUUUGGUUUCCCUGGUAACCAAAUGCACGUUUGGCUUCCCUGGUAACCACAUGUAUAAUUUGGUUUCCCUGGCAGCCUCAGUUGCACUUUUAGUUUCACUGGUAACCAAAUGCACUUUUGGCUUCCCUGGUAACCACAUGUAUAAAUUGGUUUCCCUGGUAGCCUCAGUUGCACUAUUAGUUUCCCUGGUUACCAAAUGCACUUUUGGCUUCCCUGGUAACCACAUGUAUAAUUUGGUUUCCCCGGAAACCACAUGUAUAGUUUAAGUUUCCGUAAUUGGUAGCCACAGGUACACUUUGGUUUCCUUUCUAGCCACUUGUACACUUGUGUUUCUUUAUUAGUCCAGGCAUUUUGAUGUCCCUGGUAACAACAGGUAGACGUUUUGUUUCCCUGGUAACCAGAGAUACAUUUUUAAUUUUGUUUGGUAGCCACAGGUACAUUUUGGUUGCCGCUGGUAGUCAAUUAUUAUUUGGUAUUCUUUGAAUAAUUCAAAAUUGAUUUAAAGUCUCGCGGAUAUCUAAGUGUUCUACGUAAUAAAAAGAAAUCAUUACUUCUUUGUAAUUAUUUAAAAGCUCAACUGAGUAAAUUGUGUGCAAUGUAUUUGACAAUCUGGAAGAACAUUGUAGAUGUAUGAAAUAUAUCCUUACUUAUCCUAAUAUUUUAUGUUAUUUUAGCUACAGAUCAACGACACCCUCCUAUGAUAAAUGAUUUUAUCAUAAAUUUUACUCAUAUUGAUUUCCUUCAAAAGGGGUUCGUAGUUUAACUUAAAUUAAUUGAAGUGUAUAAACAUCAUUGAUUCAAAUUCUGAGUUGAAAUUGGUUUAUGCUCUCCAAGUUGGCAUAGUAAACAUCUUUUAAGGAUCCCUGUUCCAUUGCCAAAAUUUCCAACUAUGCACUGAAAACCAAAUUUGCCAGCAAGAGAUUGUUUGAUAAAUCAUUACUGGAAAGAAAACCAUACCUUGCAAGAUUUUUAUGAAAAAAAUAUAGCGCAAUAAAGAA